AUGUUUACAAGCUUGACGUAUUUCGUUUUGCUCUCGUCCGUGAUGACGGUCGAUGACAAUCAGUUUCGCUGCGACUACCGAUAUUCCCAGGACGUUCAGGGUUGGCUGAAAUUGCACCGCGUGCCUUCCAAUUGGUUCGAAGCUCGUCUAAGAUGCCACCUCGAAGGAGGCAAUCUCGCGUCUCCCUUGAACAGCAGCUUCCAAAACGCCAUGAAAUUUCUGAUCGAUGAGGAAACAAGUGACAUGUCGUGCGGUGUCUUCACCGGCAUCCACGCGUUUUUCUCAAAGGGAGACUUCCAAUCGAUCGAAGGAGUUCCCCUGUGGAAGAUACCACAUACCUGGGCUGUCGGAGAACCCGACAACUUCAAGGAUGAGGAGAGCUGCAUAGCUCUGUUGCUUGACGGUAGCAUAGCAGACGUAGACUGCCAGCAACCUUUGCCCUAUAUCUGCUAUAAGGAAAAAACAGAGACGAUGUUUGUGUCCGGUUGUGGUACUACUGACAAAGAGUACGUUUAUGACGCGGAAACUGGAAGUUGCUACAAGUUCCACACGCUGCCGCGCACGUGGUCCCGUGCGUCCAUGGUGUGCGCCGCCGAGGGUGGCCACCUGGUCGUCAUAAACAGCGACCGCGAGGCCCAAGUGGUCAAGGAGAUCUUCGCGAAGCAUUCCGGUGAACUCGCCUACGCCGGCAUCUAUGAUUGGAACGAGCACGGCGAGUGGCUAACCGUCCAUGGCCAAACGCUAGCGGAGGCCGGUUAUUCCAAGUUCUCUGGCGGUGAGCCCAACAACGGCUCCGCCAGUGGCGAGUUCUGCGUAGGCGUGUACAAAACGGCACUCUUCAACGACGUCCCGUGCGAGAGCAAGAACGCCUUCAUCUGCGAGAAAAGCCCCAACAGUCUGCUGUGUGACCCG